UCGACAUGUAUUUAACAAAAACCCAGUCAAAUACCAUAUUAGUCUAGGAAAAGAAGGUGGAAAAAUUAUUUAAAUUAUAGUUGAAAGUGGGCGAGUUAAACCAAAUAAAAUAGAAAAAAGGAAGAAUGACGUUCAAAAAGUUGCUGUUUGUUUGCAUGGGCAACUCGUGCAGUUCGCCAAUGGCCGAGGUGAUCAUGCAGAAUCUAAUGGUCAAGACGAGUCUUUAUUGGGAAGUGGAUAGCGCGGGUUUGAGGACCUGGAACACUGGACGCAGACCCCACAAACGAUGCCUGCAAAUUCUGCGAGAACAUGGACUGCGAUCCGAUCACUUUUGUCGUCAGUUCACUGUGAACGAUUUUCGAUACUUUGAUUACGUUGUGGCCAUGGAUGAAUCGGUCUACAAAGAACUAUUGCUCUGGGGUGGUGAGAACCGUGGAAACGAUUGUGAGGUUCUACUACUUAGUUCGUUUGGCAAAAAUGGUCUGCCGGCCUUUAUCGACAGCUUGUCACCAACACACAAGCUCAAAAGCUUCCGUUCUGCUUAUUACCAGAUAAAGGAGUGCUGCAAGCAGCUCAUCCUCAGCCAAAAGGUGGACAUUGUAAAGUACGAGCUGCCCAGCACCGAGGAUGAUGAUCUCUACUAUGCCAACAAGGAGCAGCCGAAGCAGGAUGUCGUUGAGGGGACAUUGAACCAGUUACCAGAGACGAGCAAACACAGUGGCAUGUUCCUGCUGCCCACGGAGAUAAGAUCCUCUGGCGGAGUGAUGUCCCCGUCGACCGACCCAUCCUUCUCGAAAACCUCGAUGCCUGCUGCAGCCUGCAACCAGGGAACUCAGCGAAAAUUGUGCCAGAAAUGCGGACAGAAAUUUCUUGCGGCGCUUUGAGACGGAAAUUUAAAGACUUUUCAACUUGCCCCAAGAUUAUGUAGCGUAUGAAAAUUAAGUGAAUCGGUGGGGAG